AUGAAGCUGACAGGUGCUGAAGGAGGAUCAGUCACUCUGAACCACCGCGUGCUGCAGAGUGGAGGACUUACUUUUGAAGGAAAACUUAUUGCUGAGGUCAAGAAUGGGAAAAUUGAGAUUAGUGAAGAAAUUUAUAAGGACAGGAUUUUCUUGGACGACAAAACCGGAUUCAUUAUGAUCAGAGACCUGCAGAUGAGUGACUCUGGUCCUUAUUUUAUUACCUCCCCACAAAACGGAGGAGUCUUCACGACAUCUCAUGAACUCACAGUAUCCAGUAAGUAAUGCUGUGUAUUUCUGACCUUCUCAAACUUCAUAUGAGACCAAGACAUUUUUUUUAAUUAACAGCAACAGCAACGCAAAGUGUGUCUGACUGAUGUUGGUGCUAAAUGUUCCUGACAGGUGACAGAAACUCUCGGUCCUGGUUCUUCCUGAGUUUGACUCCUCUGUUCCUGUUUUGUGGAGCUGCAGCUGUUUGGAUAAUUUGGACCAGCUUCAAGAGAGGGAGGAAGAAGAGGAGAGAGAGGGAGGAAGAAGAGGAGAGAGAGAGAGACACUGUGAGGGCUGAAUUCCACUGA